AUGGUCGGGAGCAGCGCCAUGGCCGGGUUGAUCGCCGGCACUGGGAGCGGGAUCGUGAAGCAGUACAGCCUCGGGGGGGAGAGUUCUAGUGUACGGGACGUCGCUGAUCACGCGGCGGUCGUCGAGGCUGUACCUCGUCUUCGUGGUCGGCCCCGACGACAACGCCCCCUCUUCGUCGAAUUAUCUGCUGCCGGAGCAUCGGGACAAGGACUCCGUCUCAGUGUGGUGAGCUCGGACGACGGCGGCGGCGGAGACGGCGAGGGAGGCGACCCGGUGUUCGGAUCGCCGAGGCAGCACGCGUUGCUGGUGAUGCUGGCCGGGGUGAGGGGUGCUGAUGCCGGUGGGCCUCGCGGUGGUGCGUUUCUUCAAGGACUGGGAUCCGCUGUGGUUCUACUCCCACGCGUCGAUACAAGGGCUCGGGUUUGGGCUGGGCGUCGCCGGGGCGCAAGUGGCGUGGACGUCCACAAGGGACUCGGCUUCGCCAUACUGGUGACGGCCGUGCUCGCUUGCCCUGACAAGGCGUCCAGGGCGGCGAAGUACUGGAACUGGUUUCACCGCUACGUGGGGCCUCGCUUACGGCGUUGGGGCGAUCAUCGCUGUGACUUCGGAGACCAGAAGGUGCAUUGCGAGGUACGAGUGAGCGAGAGCAGAAGUUAA